CCACCACCCUGUACUCACUCAUUAGCUUCCUGUUCUGUCAGUCACAGCCGUGCACAACACUCAGAAGGAAACCACCAGACCAGCAGUCACACCGCCAUGGACAGCCAGGCAGGAGGACAGCAGCCCAUGAAAGACUUGAUGUCUAACUCAGGCUGCUUGAUCUCCUGGUUGCUGCUUUGGAUGAUCCUGCCCAUCUAUCCCGUUUUUGCCCAGAAUGUCAACCAGCCCUCCAAUCUGGUGGUGACAGAGAGACAGACUGCCAUCCUCAACUGUUCCAUCUCCACCGUGUUCUUCAAGGGUACAGUCUCUUGGUUUCGAGUAACACAGGAUGGAAAAGAGCAGGUGUACCCCUCAAAAUCAAAUCUACGGUACAAAGACAGGGUCCACCUGGACAGUGAGGCAUUCCGAACAAAUGGCGAGGCCACCAUCACCAUCCUCAAUGUGUCCCAGUCUGACAGCGGGGUCUACAUCUGUCAAAUCCAGGAAGUUAUGGCUCAGAAUAUCCAGGGCAAUGGGACUCUGCUGACUGUGCUAUGUGAGUGA